AUGCUCCCACUCGUAGUCCUUGCACUUGCCACGUCCGCUUUCACCUCGGCCAGCGAAUUCGACUACACGAUCGAGAUUCGUCCCGGAAAAUAUGAGUGUUACUUCCAGCCGGUCAGCAAUCCGAAGCACAAAACGAUGGAAAUUAAUUAUCAGGUUAGUCCGCAAUUUUUUUAUUUAAUUUUCUGACUAGGUGAUUGACGGAGGAGAUUUGGACAUCAAUUUUAUGGUAAUUUAUGGUGCAGAUAUUAUUGCGCAAGAUCAAAAAAAGACGGAUGCCACUCAUAAGUAAGUUUAGACUGUUCAUUGUUGAUUUUUUCGACUUUUAGAAUCCCAGUAGCACAAGAAGGCGAUUAUCAGUUCUGUUUCGACAACACGUUCAGCUAUCAGAGCCGGAAGGUCGUCUAUUUCGAGGUGUUUUUGAUGGAUGAACAUGGAAAUGUGGAAGACAUUGAUAUCGGACAGUUUGCUCACACUGAUGAGACCUUCAAGAAGAAGGUACAAGAGCUUGGCUUGACGUUGGAGACAUUUGCGGAAAGCACCAACAAGAUCAAGGGGAACUUGAACAAGGUCGAAUAUUAUCAAUCCGUUUUCCGCUCUUAUGAACAUCGAGACAAGGCGAUCAUGAAUGCCAAUCACUCUCGAGUGACUUUCUGGUCCGUCAUCAACACAGUCGUCCUGUUUUUGGUCGCUUUUAUCCAGGUGUAUACCAUCAGAUCACUUUUCGAAGAGAACUCCAAAAUUGGAAAAGCCCUGCGGCGAAGUGGAUGA